AUAUGUGCUUUCAGCAUGACUCUGUUUGUGGUCAAAUACACACUGUUGUGUGCAUUGAUCGGCGGAACGUCGUGUGCCUGCAUGUUGAAGAAUCACACCUUGUGGAUUGAGCGGCAUGACUUUGCCCAGUGUGUGGCUAUCAACACAACCAUCUGCAGUGGCUACUGUUACACACAGGACACCAAUCUGAAGGGACGAUUUGGGAGGACCUUUCUGAUCCAGCGUAGCUGUGUGCCUCUCUCCCUCAUCUACCACACGGCCCCUUUUCCAGGUUGCUCUGAGGAUGUCACCCCGCAGCUGUAUUACCCUGCAGCCCGCCGUUGUACCUGUGGGCGCUGCGACACACGCUCACACCACUGCGUACGAACCAGACGCGUCUAUUAUGACCAGUGCCCCGUGACGCUUGGCAACAAGACCCAAGGAAAUGGAUCCUGUUGCUGAGGAAACGUGACAUGAAAUGCCCAAACAGGAUACAUGCUGUUGUAGUUUGUAUUGGCUUGUAUUUUUUUGUUAGGCAAGAUAUAGCAAUAAAACAGUGUUUAGUGUGCAUUAUACAGUAUUUGUUCCAUGAAUUGUAUGGCUUGAGAGGGCCACAGGGCAGCAUAAUGUGACCUGUAAGGACUUUCUGUAUGGAGUUUGAAUGUUCUCACUGUAUGUGCAUGGGAUUUUCUCCAGUCUAUAAACAUGCAGAGGUUUA